AUGGAUAUGCGCGCGCCGCCGAACGCUUCUGCGCGCCCGCGACUCGUCUACACGCAAGCUCACGCGCGACACUCGCGCGGACUCGCGCGGCCGCCUUCUUCCACACACACCGUGGCACCGCCCCCACGUCAACCUUGUCCAAAUAUUCCCCGCUUUCAUAACGACUCUGUUUCACUCAACAGCCUUCAAAUGCCAUCAUGAGAUAAUUAGAAGGCAUCAUUCCGACUUGGGAGAGGGAGUUGGCCGCCAAGGGUGCAGGUACGUUGCAAGCUGGGAGCUCUUUGUCGAGUCUUUGAGCCCUCCUGCUUCAGGCUGGAUCAGACUUCCAGUGCUGAUGUUUGAUAUACGAUUCUGCUGCUGCAUACCAAGACUCUUGGCCAAGAGCACCGGCGCAGGAUUUGUCAGGCCUCCCCGACAAAUAA